AUGAAUGUCUAUGACAACCUGUACUUUGGAAUGACAAACAUAUCAGUUAUGUGUGAGGCAGCAUGUCUAACAGAGGAAGAGGAGGCCAGGCUGGCUGCACUGAGGGAGGAAGAGGAGCAGAAGAGAGGGAUGAUGAAGGAGAAGAUGGAGGCUCUGAGCAGAGAGAUAGCAGCUCUUUCAGACACAGUCAGAGCCACAGAGGAGGAGCUGAGAGCUGCAGACGUCUCAUUCCUGCACAACUACAAGGCUGCAGUGGAAAGAGUCCAGCGCUGCCCCCUGCUGGAGGAUCCACAGCUGCCCUCAGGAGCUCUGAUAGACCAGGCCAAACAUCUGGGCAACCUGGCCUUCAACAUCUGGAGCAACAUGAAGGACAUGGUGACCUACACUCCUCUGGUUCUGGACCCAAACACGGCUCAGACAGGACUCCACCUGUCUGAAGAUCUGACCAGUUUGACUUUAGGAAGGAAACAGCAGCUUCCUGAUAAUCCAGAGAGAUUUGAUUACUUUUGUUCUGUGUUGAGCUCUGAGGGUUUUAACUCAGGGAUCCACAGCUGGGAUGUUGAUGUUGGAGACAGUGAAAUCUGGGCGCUUGGUGUGAUAGCAGAGUCUGUUCAGAGGAAGGGAGACCUUCAGUCUGGAUGUAUGGCCAUAUGGUUCUGUGAAAAUGAAAACUAUGCCUGGUCUCCAGCACCAACUCUCCAAUUUCUCUUAGUCCAGAAGAAGAUCCAGAGGAUCAGAGUGAAUAUGGACUGGGACAGAGGAAAGCUGUCGUUCUCUGAUCUGGAUACUAACACACAUAUACACACCUUCACACACACCUUCACUGACAAGAUGCUUCCAUACUUCUGCGCUCUGGGUCAAGCAAAAAUCUUACCGAUGAAGAUCUCAGUGAUCAAACAGCAGCUCCGACAAACUGAUCUCAGUGUUUCUUGGUGUAAAACCUUUGUUAACACAAUUGCUUAAUUUUACUUACUUGGAUUUAAUACUUUAACUGAAACUCUGAGACUUGGGUUCAGUUCUUCACCCCUUCAUGUUUUUCAUGAUACUAGACUCAUAAACUUUAUUUCUGAGUUAAUAUUCACAGAUAACAUCUGGAUCCAUUGGGUUUAAGUUGUUAGAAAUUAUUUCUGGAAAUAUGCGUCUCCUUUUCUCUCAUGAUGAGUCGGGUUCUGCAGAAUCCAGACCUGAAUGUUGAAUGUUUGUGAUUUUAUAUUAAAUCUGGAUUAUGACUCCUCAACAACAUAAAGGACAAUGGUGAAGUUUGAGCUUUUCCUCAGAAAUCAUUCUGAAUGUAAACUUCUGGGCUUGAAGAUAUUUACAUGUAUAAAUCUCUUACAGAUUCUUUCAUUAUUGUGACAUUUAGCAAAUAGGAAUCAUUUUGGUGAUUCUAAACUAAAACAACAGAAGUUUAGUCUGAUUUAAUGUGGAUAUGUCUUUUUAUUGGGGUGUAUGUAAACGUCUGGGUGAAUAUGGAUCUUGGAGCUAUGAGAUUAUGAGAAAUACACGUUAUCUAAAAUAAUGUAUGCUUCAAGUAAACAUGGAAGUUUGUGUUUCUUAACAAAGAUGUAUCUAGAAAUUGAAAUAAAGCAACAAAUUCCCUCUACGGAUGUAAAAAUAUAACUUAUGACUUACAAUCACAUACAACGGUAAAGUGGUGAAACCCUCAAAUAAUCAAUAAAUCACAAAUAAAAGCUGUUUUGUUCUCAUAAACCAGGAGAAGUUUCUUCAAGUCUGAUCUGUCAGUUUUAAACAAACGUUUCUUUUCCAGUGGAGGUGCUGAUCCGGGUCGGUUUCAGCAGUGAUGUCUGUUUGUUUCAGGAAAUGGACGCCCAACAUUCUUCAUAGAGCGAAACCGGCCAUCAACUCCAGGCUCCA